AGCGAGAGCGCCCUUUGGAUGACUAUUGUUGACUUGUCACAACUUAAACAGUUUCUGUCUCCUCUCUAUCAUUUUCCUGAGUCUAAUUUGGAUCUGCUUCAAAUCCAAAUCCUAGUUAUCUAGAAUUUAAGUUUUAUACUGCUGAAAAUCAAGAUAUAAGAAAGUGUGUCUGAGAAGUAGAGAAAAUGAACAGAGCUGGCAUUAAUGGCGGGCUUGUCUUCCUCCUCCUCAUCAUGACUACGGUGGAGGGUAAAGGUAAUGUAAAAAAUAUCCCUGUCUUUUACUCUACAACAUUUACCCUUUCCUUAUCAAUUAUAGACUCAAAACAACACAUUGUAGAGUCCAUGCCCUGAUUAAUUGAGGCUGUUCUGAGGGCAAAGGGGAGGGGGAGGGGGGUGCCGGAGGGGAUGGCUGUCGUUUUAUGGACUCUUAACCAACCGUGCUAUUUUGUGUGUUUUUACGCAUUGUUUGUAACUUGUUUUGUACAUAAUGUUGCUGCUACCGUCUCUUAUGAAUAAUUUUUCUUUAAUGAGUCGGACGAGAGGGAUUUGCUCCAGACACCCGACAGGGAUCCCCGUCAUUCGCAGUAGAAAGAAAAUGACGAACUACAAGCACGUAUAUCCUACCAACGGGACAUUAAAACUGUAAUAUCUUAUGUUUCACCGAGUCGUGGCUGAACGAAGACAUGAAUAACAUACAGCUGGUGGGUUAUACACUGUAUCGGUCGGAUAGAACAGCAGCCUCUGGUAAGACAAGGGGUGGCAGUCUACGUAUAUUUGUAAACAACAGUUGGUGCAUGAUAUAUAAGGAAGUCUCGAGGAAGUCUGCUCGCCUGAGGUAGAGUAUCUCAUGAUAAGCUGUAGACAACACUAUCAAGAGAGUUUUCAUCUAUAUUCUUCGUAGCUGUCUAUUUACCAUCACAAACCGAUGCUGGCACUAAGACCGCACUCAAUGAACUGUAUACGGCCAUAGGAAAACGCUUAUCCAGAGGCGGCGCUCCUAGUGGCCGGGUACUUUAAUGCAGGGAAACUGAAAUCCGUUUUACCUCAUUUCUACCAGCACGUUAAAUGUGCAACCAGAUCCACCGCUGAUGCAAUCUCUAUUGCGCUCCACACUGCCCUUUCACACCUGGACAAAAGGAACACCUAUGUGAGAAUGCUAUUAAUUGACUACAGCUCAGCGUUCAACACCAUAGUGCCCUCAAAGCUCAUCACUAAGCUAAGGAUCCUGGGACUAAACACCUCCCUCUGCAACUGGAUCCUGGACUUCCUGACGGGCCGCCCCCAGGUGCUAAGGGUAGGUAACAACACAUCCGCCACGCUGAUCCUCAACACGGGGGCCCCUCAGGGGUGCGUGCUCAGUCCCCUCCUGUACUCCCUGUUCACUCAUGACUGCAUGGCCAGGCACGACUCCAACACCAUCAUUAAGUUUGCCGAUGACACAACAGUGGUAGGCCUGAUCACCGACAAUGACGAGACAGCCUAUAGGGAGGAGGUCAGAGACCUGGCCAUGUGGUGCCAGGACAACAACCUCUCCCUCAACGUGACCAUGACAAAGGAGAUGAUUGUGGACUACAGGAAAAAGAAGAGGACCAAGCACGCCCCCAUUCUCAUUGACAGGGCUGUAGUGGAGCAGGUUGACAGCUUCAAGUUCCUUGGUGUCCACAUCACCAACAAACUAAUAUGGUCCAAGCACACCAAGACAGUGAUGAAGAGGGCACAACAAAACCUAUUCCCCCUCAGGAGACUGAAAAUAUUUUGCACAGGUCCUCAGAUCCUCAAAAGUUUAUACAGCUGCACUAUCGAGAGCAUCCUGACUGGUUGGAUCACUGCCUCGUAUGGCAACUGCUCAGCCUCCGACUACAAGGCACUACAGAGGGUAGUGCGUACGGCCCAGUACAUCACUGGGGCCAAGCUUCCUGCCAUCCAGGACCUCUAUACCAGGCGGUGUCAGAGGAAGGCCCUAAAAAUGGUCAAAGACUCCAGCCACCCUAUUCAUAGACUGUUCUCUCUGUUACCGCACGGCAAGCGGUACCGGAGCGCCAAGUCUAGGUCCAAGAGGCUUCUAAACAGUUUCUACCCCCAAGCCAUAAGACUCCUGAACAUCUAAUCAAAUGGCUACCCAGACUUGGCGCUCCGGCAAGCGGUACCGGAGCGCCAAGUCUAGGUCCAAGAGGCUUCUAAACAGUUUCUACCCCCAAGCCAUAAGACUCCUGAACAUCUAAUCAAAUGGCUACCCAGACUUGGCGCUCCGGCAAGCGGUACCGGAGCGCCAAGUCUAGGUCCAAGAGGCUUCUAAACAGCUUCUACCCCCAAGCCAUAAGACUCCUUCUACCCCCCUUUUACGCUGCUGCUACUCUCUGUUUAUUAUCUAUGCAUAGUCACUUUAAUAACUCUACCUACAUGUACAUAUUACCUCAAUUACCUCAACUAACCGGUGCCCCCGCACAUACCCCCUGUAUAUAGCCUCGCUAUUGUUAUUUUUACUGCUGCUCUUUAAUUAUUUGUUACUUUUAUUUCGUAUUAUUUUAUAUUGUAUUUUUGUGUGUGAUUUUUUGGGGUAUUCUUUCUUAAAACUGCAUUGUUGUUUAAGGGCUUGUAAGUAAGAUUUUCACUGUAAGGUCUACACCUGUUGUAUUCGGCGCAUGUGACAAAUACAUUUUGAUUUGAUUUGAUUUGAAUAGUAGUAGUGUUCUUAAUGUUUUGUACACUCAGUGUAUAAUAUAAAAGCAAAUUAUUUGAAUAUUAGUGUUUUUCAGGUUUGUGGUCUUAUGCAAAGGCCUACACAUAAAAUACUCGCCGUAUGUUUGACACCCCUGCGUUGAAGCAUCCGUUGUGUUUUAUUUAUUUAGGAGAUGUGUCAUUCUGGAAAACUACAGUCACAAUGACCUGUCCUAAUAACGGAAUCUGGUAUAAAGGCGAUAUCAAAGACGAGUCGACCAGAUCUGAAUAUGUCAUAAAUAACUAUGAUGAAAACAAGAAAGGACAUUACUAUUGUGAAUAUGAUGAUGAAAUGGAUCAAAUGAGAAUGUAUCAGUUUUACAUUAAAGGAAAGGGUGAGUAAAAGUGUCCUAAUAACAUCAUUUUUUGAUUUCACUAAUUUUCAUACAGGCAUUUCUAUUUCAUCCUGUAUUCAUGUUUAUGUUUAGUAUAACCAUGUGCACUCAUCUCUGUAUCUCUGUUUAUUGACAAACACUACUUACUGGACUUUUCAAAUCAUAUCUUUCCCUCUCCCUGAAUGCACCCCAACCCCUUUUCUCCAUCCCAUUUGAGCGGCCUUUUCAACCCAUUAUUUCCACCCCUAUCCCUACCUGUGGAUUGUUGGUGUUGCAGUGUGUGAAAACUGCUUUGAGCUGGAUUCGACUCUGGUUGCCUGGGCCAUCAUUGGGGACCUGCUGGUGACAGGAGCGGUCAUCCUCAUUGUGUAUCGCUGUGCUCAGAAGAAAUCUGGACAUGCUGCACCCCAAAAACGUAAUGCUGUUACCAUCUGAUUAUCCAUCAGCCAACAGUGGCACUUACUGAUAAGGAAAGCUCUUGACUAUUUAAUUUGACCAUACCCAGGACUACUCAACAACAAAGUAUUCAGAGAUAAUACAAAUAGAAAUUCCCUGUGACAUAGUACAUAUAGAGUAUUGAUCAUGUUUAUUUAUUUAAUCAUUUUUUUGUUUAUUUAUUAAUUUAUACUAAUUUCUGUUUUGUUUUCCCCAUAGCGACUUCCCGCUCAGCAGGCCGUGGCCCACCAGUGGUGCCUAGUCCUGACUAUGAGGUAGGCCGUCUACCACCACCUCGUUGUCCAUCUCUCCAGCUCUACAUCUCUCCAUCUGUAUUCUUUACUUUUAUUCCAUCCGUAUCUCCUACCUAUCCUUCAUUCCACAUCUCCUGGUUAGCUAAUGUCUGUCAGUAUUUUAGGGAGAUGAUCUAGGCUAGCUAUUCCCAAUACUUCCGGUGAAGAUGCAUAAAGAAUUGUGGUGUUGCAAUGGAAACUGAUCUGUGAAUUUUGAUCUGUAAAUCUGACUUAAACUGAUCUGUGAAUCUGACUUAAACUGAUCUGUGAAUCUGACUUAAUUAACAACAACAAAUAGCUACUACUAGAUAGUUUGUGUGUAUGUAUUGAUAUAUAGGCUACAUGUGUAGUUCUGUCCUUGAGCUGUUCUUGUCUAUUAAUGUUCUGUAUUAUGUCAUGUUUCAUGUUUUGUGUGGACCCCAGGAAGAGUAGCUGCUGCUUUUGCAACAGCUAAUGGGGAUCCUAAUAAAAUACCUAAAGUCUUUAUUUUCCCCCUGACAGCCCCUUAGUGCUGCAACCCGCAGCAGAGAUAUCUACGCUACCCACAGGACUGGGUAGACCACCAGACCACACUUGUUCUCUAGGACUCCUCUGAUGCCCCGGACCAGCAGACCUCAGCUCACCCUGCCAUCAAAGAGGAGGGGAGAAGGCUCUGUAGUGCUUAG